UUAGGACUGUUAUCCAAGGACUUCAUCAGAAGUGACAGAAACCUGCCAGGUAAUAAACUCAUUCUCUACUUCAAAAAAAAUGUAGAACUUUUUGUUCUUGUGCAUUUCUUUUAUGUUCUGAAGAUAUAAUUAAUCUAAAUGACUGCUAUACUAAUAUUAAAGAUGUAUUCCAUUCUACUGAAGGAACUCUGCUUACUGGAAAAUAAAACCACAAUAAGUGGUGUUAGAAAUUCCAGUGCUAGCUAGAAAAAAUAGAGAAACACUUGUUAUCUUGGUAAGAGGUAAUAGAGGAUAACCAUUAUUAUUGUGUCUCUGAAAAAAAUGAGGUGCUUCCCCAAUGCAAGAAACAUCCCUGACCAACAGAGCAUAGCUGUAUUACUAUAUUGACAAAUAGACACACAGCUACUUUAAAUGUAUAGAAAUAGAUAUUAAAAAACUAACAGAUGAUUAAAGUUGGGCUGUAACUAAAGGUGGAAUGAAAGUGCUGCAAAUCCCAGUAUUAUUUUUAAAUGAACCUUUAGCAAAGGGAAUUGCCUGGUGGAGAUUGUAAGUGCAGGUAUAUGUGUGUGUACCUCAUGUGGGGCAUCAGUAAACACAAGAGUUCAAGAGGGAAAUUAUUUUUACCUCCCAGCAGAAGGCAAAGCAAAAUCACUGGCUUUCAGAACUAUCUGUGCAUCAGGAAGUUAGGUGCUUAAAAUGUUCAUAUUUAUUCUGCCAGAAAAAUUAACAUGUGCCUGAUUUUAAUUAUGAAGAAUUUACAGAUUCUUUGAAGAAUAUGAAAUAAACUGAGAGGUUAAUAAUAAAUGAGGAAGGACCCUCAUGAAAGACUUAAUCCCUAUAGCAGCGCCAGAUUUCCAGUGUCUGGAAAUAUUGAUAUUGCUACUAGCUUUGUUUGCUCCAUCCUCCUCCCCUGUUGUUCUCUCUCCAGUGGAAGCUGUAAGACUCCCCGUCCCACAAUGCCAUCUAUCCAGCUGCCACUGCUGUUCCUCUGCCUCUCCUUGUGGGGUGUUCGACUCAGCAGGGGGCAGCCCCUUUUGGAGGGAAGUGAGACCAUGGGAAGAAGCCCCCUGGAUGACAUCCUGCAGAGAUCUGAAAGCCUCAUUCUUCAGUCUGUCCUCAAUAAAGCUGAAAAGGAAGAAGAGAUGAAUAAAGGAUCAAAUGCCCCUCUGCCAGAAUGGCUUUCCAAAAGACAGCAACCUGGGAAAAAGCACCUAAGUGACCUGGAGAAGAGACAGCAUCCUGGAAAAAGGGAUGUCGAGGAAGAUGCAUCUUAUGAAGACAUUCAGAAGAGGCAGCAUCCAGGAAAAAGAGAGAGAGAAGACAACCUUGACAGCUACCUGGAGCUGAAAAAGCGACAGCAUCCCAGCAGCCGGUCACUAGUGAAUCAGUACACUGACAUCCCUAGUGCACAGCUAACCUACUUGAAUGAGUUAUCCAAAAGACAGCAUCCAGGCAGAAGGUAUUUGAUGUACAAUCACCAACAUCCUAGUAAAAGAGGUUGGAAUGAUGACAUAGACCUAAAUGACCAACACAGCGAGAAACACCAGCACCCUGGAAAAAGGCACUGGAAUUCUGACAGUUCAGAUGAUGCAGGCCCCUGCAGCUUUCAGGAGUCCUUCACCUGUAAAAAAGGCAGCUUGUUGCUUGAUUUAGUGGAAAAUGUUAGCAAAGACAGGGUAGAAGAAAAACGUCAGCAUCCAGGAAAGAGAUCAGCAUGGGAAAGUGAAACAGAGGAAUGAGAAAAUAAUUGUGUAUCCUUUGCAUUUGGUGAAGCAAACAGCCAGAUCACUAUAAAAUUCUCUUCACUCCCUUUUGCCUUCCUGCUGCUGACCUCUGCAUCUAUCUUAGUCUUCAAAUCCUCCACUUUAGGAAAAGCGCUUAUUUCCUUAUGGGCCCAGACCUCAGAAUAAACCCAAUGUGUGUCCAAUUUUCUGUUCCCAAAGGACUAAAACAGGCUUUUAAAUAUCUGUUCUGAUGCUGCUAAAGUGGAAUAAUUAUAUGGUUUCCUCCCAUAUCAGUGAAAUCAGUAUAUUAAUAGAGAGGGAGAAACAAGAACAACAUAUGCCAAUUAUUUUAAAAUGAAAUUGAA